AUGGCUGGUCAGCCGCACAGUCCCCAGCAGCUCCUUGGGGCUACAGGGCACCUGAAGCAAGAGGCCAGCCGCAGAGCUCCGGGGCAGCUCUCCCAGGCCCGUCCCACCAUGGACUCUGCCUACGAGAUGAGCCUCGUUCGCAAGCUGCAGGCGCAGCACACACAGAUGCAGGAGAAGACUUUCACCAACUGGAUCAACAACAUCUUCUGGCAUGGCCAGGUGGGCAUCAAGAUCCAGAACCUGUACAGAGAGCUGGCCGAUGGUACCCACCUACUUCGGCUGCUGGAGCUCAUCUCGGGGGAGGCCCUGCCACCCCCCAGCCGGGGCCGCAUGCGGGCACACUUCCUGGAGAACAGCAGCCGAGCUCUGGCUUUCCUUAGGGGCAAGGUGCCGAUACCCUUCAUUGGGCCAGAAAACAUCGUGGAUGGAGACCAGACACUCAUCCUGGGACUCAUCUGGGUCAUCAUUCUGCGUUUCCAGAUUUCCCACAUCUCCCUGGACAGGGAGGAGUUUGGGGCCAGCGCAGCCCUGCUAUCUGCCAAGGAAGCUCUGCUGGUCUGGUGCCAGCGGAAGACAGCCGGCUAUGCCAACGUCAACAUCACCGACUUCUCCCGCAGCUGGAGUGACGGGCUCGCUUUCAGUGCCCUCAUCCAUGCACACAGGCCAGAACUGCUUGACUACUGCUCCCUGCAUCCCAAGCGCCCACUACACAACCUUGACCUGGCUUUCCACGUGGCUGAGCAGGAGCUGGGCAUUGCUCAGCUGCUGGACCCCGAGGACGUGGCGGCCCUCCAGCCUGAUGAGCGUUCCAUCAUGACCUAUGUCUCCCUCUACUACCACCACUUCUCCCGCCUACACCAGGAGCAGACUGUCCAGAGGAGACUUGCUAAGAUCCUGCUUCAGCUGCAGGAGACGGAGGAGCUGCAGACCCAGUACGAGCAGCUGGUGGCCGACCUGCUGGGUUGGAUUGCAGAGAAGCAGGUGUGGCUGGAGGCGCGGGAUUUCCCAGACUCCUUGCCUGCCACGCGCCAGCUGCUGGUGGCCUUUGCCUUCUUCCGCACCCAGGAGAAGCCCCCGCGGCUGCAGCAGCGAGGGGCCACAGAGGCCCUGCUCUUCCGGCUGCAGACCGCGCUCCGGGCACAGAACCGCAAGCCCUUCCUGCCUAAGGAGGGCCUGGGCCCUGCAGAGCUGUCCCAGCGCUGGGCAGGCCUGGAGCACGCAGAGGCCUCACGGAGCCAGGCCCUGCUGCAGAGGCUCCUGCAGCUAGAGCGGUUGGAAACCCUGGUCCGGCGCUUCCAGCGCAAGGCAGCCCUCAGGGAAAGCUUCCUGACAGACACAGAGCACAUGCUGGACCAGGCCGCAGCCGCAGCCCCGCCAGCCAGCCUGGCCGCAGUGGAGGCAGCUGCCCAGAGGCUGGGAAUGCUAGAGGCCAGCAUCCCGCCCCAAGAGGCCCGCUUCCAGGCCCUGGUUGAGAUCUCAGACAUCCUCCAGCAGGAGCAGCACCAUGACUGGGCAGAUGUGGCCUGCAGGCAACUAGAGAUCAGUGGGCGCUGGGAGCAACUCCUUGAGCGUCUCCAAGGGCAGAAGAAGCAGAUGGCAGAUCUGCAGGCUGUGCUGAGCUUGCUGCAGGGGGUGGAGAGCACCUCCAACCAGCUCAAGGAACUCCAGGUGCUGGCCAGCUCCACAGCCUGUGGGCAGCAGCUGGCAGAAACAGUGGAGCUGCUGCAGAAGCAUGACCUGUUGGAGGCCCAGGUCUCGGCACACGGAGCCCAUGUGCACCAUCUUGCCCUCCAGACGGCCGAGCUGGACUCCUCCACGGGCGCUAGUGUGGAGGUGCUGCAGGCCGAAGUCCAGGCACUCGCCCAGCUCCACCAAAGCCUGGUGUCUCUGGUCAGGGCCCGACGGACCCUGCUGGAGCAGACCCUGCAGCAGGCAGAGUUCCUGGACAGCUGUGAGGCGGAGGAAGCCUGGGUGAGGGAGCACGAGCGGCUGGUGGAGGGUGAGGCCCUGGGCAGGGACCUCAGCACCCUCAGAGCGGCCCUGCGGAAACACAAGGCCCUGGAAGCCGAGAUCCGCCACCACCAGGCUGUGUGCGCCGACCUCGUGCGGAGGGGAUGCGACGUGGGCGCCCCCGGACUCCCCACGCGGCCGGGUCCCCGCGAGAGGGCCGAGGCGCUGCAGGGCGCGGGGCAGCGGCUCCGGGCCCGGGCGGCCAGCUGGGGGGCGCGGCUGCAGGCGGCGGCGCUGGUCCGGCAGUACGCGGCGGACGCGGCGGACGCGGCGUCGUGGCUGCGGGAGCGGCGCCUGGCGCUGGAGGGCGCUCCCCGCGGGCGGGCCCGGGAGGCCGCCGAGGCCCUGCUGCGGCGCCACGGGCGGCUGGAGCGCGCGGUGCACGCCUUCGGGGCCGAGCUGCGGCGGCUGGACGAGCAGGCGCGGGCGGCCGCCACCCAGGUGUCACUCACGGUGGUGUCUGCCCUGAGCUCUCUAAAGAAAGGCCGGAGGAACCCGGGGACCUGGAGUGAGGUUUCCUGCCGCUCUGGCCCCCUGGGAACAGAGGAGAUGGCCCUCUCUGCUGAGCUCGACCCUUACUUUGACCCUAACACCAUACUCCAGACACAGGACUGCUUGAGGCGGGACUACGAGGGUCUGCGGGUCCAGGCAAAGCACCGCAGGGCACAUCUGGAGGAGGCAGUGGCCCUGUUUGGAUUCUAUGAUUUAUGUGGGGAGCUUCAGUCAUGGCUGGAGAACCAGACAGCACUGCUCCAAACGCUGCAGCCCCAGGCCGACGAUAACGUGGAGGUCGCGCAGCUCAAAUAUGAGAACUUCCUCACUGCCCUGUCUGUGAGAAGGGGCUGUUGGGCUGAAGUCAGCAGCUCUGCUGAGCAGCUAAAGCAGAGAUAUCCUGAAGACACCCCCAAAAUCCAGCAACAGCAGGAGGAACUGAGCUGGAGGUGGGGGCAGCUGGAAGCCCUGAAGAUAGAGAAGGAAAUGCAGCUGGCACGCACCACAGAUGUGUGCAGUUUUCUGUACCAGUGCAGAUCCACACAGGUCCAGCUGCAAGACCUGCUACUCCAACUGGAAACCCUAGAGCUGGGGCAGUCAGAAGACAGCCACCGUACCUUGCAACUGGUCCAGCAGAAGAUGCUAACACUGGAGAGGAGUGUCCACUACUUGCAAGGGGCAGCCAUAAAAGCCAAGGAGUCAAGCCCUACCAAGAGCCAGUCCCUGCAAGAACAGGUGGAGAUGCUGCAGGGGCUGCUGGAGCGGGGACAGCAGCAUGUGGCCCAACAGGCCAGGGCCCAGGCUGAAGCACAGGCACGGCAGAGCUUCCUGCGGGAGAGCCAGCAGCUGCUGCUGUGGAUGGAAGGUGUCUGGGCUCAGCUGCAUAGCGAGGAAAAGGUGGUGGACAUGGCCUCAGCCCAGCAGCUGCUUCUGGAGCACAGCAAUCUGCUGGAGGAGAUCCGGCUGCAGCAGGAGAGGCUGCAGCAGCUGGAGGCUCGGGGCCAGCCUAUUUCAGCCCUGGACUCCCCAGACUCCCAAGAGGUGGCCCAUGCUCUGGGGCUCCUGAGCCAGCAAGGCCAGGGCCUGCAGGCCGCCUGGGAGCAGAGACAGCAGCGGCUGCAGGAGGGACUGGAACUGCAGAGAUUUGGCCAUGAUGUAGAUUGUUUCACUGCCGCCUGUGCCAGCCGCGAGGCCUUCCUGGAACUGGACAACCUCGGGGAAGAUGUCGGGGAGGCCCAGCGCCUGCUGCAGCAGCACAAGGAGUUUGGGCGGCUGCUGAGCAUCCUUGGCCAUCGAGCAGAAGCUCUGCAGGCACGCGGGGAGAAGCUGGCCCUGAGCCAACACCUUGCUGCGCACAAGGUCCUGGAGCAGCUGCAGAGCAUCCAGACACAGUGGACCAGGGUCCAGGAGAGGAGUGAGCAGAGGAGGAGGCAGCUGCUGGCUUCCCUCCAGCUCCAGAAAUGGAAGCAGGAUGUGGCAGAGCUGGUGCUGUGGAUAGAGGAGAAGGGACAGAGGGCAGCAGAUGAGCCUUCCCGAGAGCCCAGCAAAGUCCUGCAGCAACUCAGGCAGCACGAAGCAGCUGAGCGCGAGUUGCUGGCCACCCUUGGGCACGUGGAGGGCCUGCAGCAGGUUGGGAGACAGCUGUUGAGCAGCAGGCCCCAAGCACAGGAAGAUGUGCAGAACAGCCUCCAGGACCUGAGGAACAAGUGGGAAGCAGUGAAGCGCAAGAUGGCAGAGCAUGGGGACCAGCUCCGGCAGGCGAGGCAGCAGGCCCCGCUUCUGGGGCUGCUGCAGGAUGCCAAGAAGAAGAUGGAGCAGCUGGAGGGGGCCUUGCAGAGUGCAGAAACUGGGCAGGACCUGGGCUCGAGCCGGGGGCUGCAGAGGCAGCACUGCCAACUGGAAAGGGAGAGCCAGGCACUGGCCAGCAAGAUGGCUGCUCUCGUCUCCCAGGCCCACCAGGGGCUCACUUCCCAGACCAUCAUGGAGGAGACCCAAAAGUACCUACUGAGGUUCGAGUCCCUGCAGGGCCAUCUGGCUGCCCGGCGCCUACAGCUGCAGGCCUCAGUUGGGCUGUACCAGUUCUACCAACUGAGUAACCUGGAGCUCACUUGGGUGACCGAGCACAUGCCCAGCGCCAGCUCCGCCAAAUGCUUGAGUGGUGCCCAGAGCCUUCGCCACAAGCACGAGGAGCUCCGGGUGGAGGUGAAAGCCCACCAGGGACAGGUGCAGCAGGUGCUGGGUUCUGGACGGAGCCUUGCAGCCUCAGGGCACCCCCAUGCCCAGUGCAUCGUGGAGCAGUGCGAAAAGCUGGCAGGCCGCUGGGCAGAGCUGGAGCAGGCAUGUGAGGUGCAGGCCCAGUGCCUGCAGGAGGCUGUCGUUCUGCAGCAGUGUUUUCUGGCUGCAUCCGAGCUGGAGGACUGGGUGAAGGCAAAGCAGCCACUGGUGAGCAGUCAGGACUGCGGUGGAGACCAGGGAGCCACCAUCAGGCUCAUUGAAAAGCACCAGGCCCUACAGCAGGAACUAGCUCUUCAUUGGAGCUCCUUGGAGGAGCUUGACCAGAAGGCCCAAAUCCUGGCUGGCCCUGGGACCGCUGAGCAGCUGGGCGUGGUACGAGAGAGGCUCCGGGAACAGCUGCAAAUGCUGCAGGAGUUGGCCGCCAAACGGGGCUGUGAGCUGGAGGGGACACUGAAACUGCACGAGUUCAUGGAGGAGGCUGAGGAGCUGCGGUGCUGGCUGGCUAGCCAGAAACAGGCAGCCAGGCCAGAGCAGAGCCUCGGAGAAGACCAUGAGCACAUCCUGCACCUCCGUUCCAGGUUUGCAAGGUUUCAGCACCAAGUGGAGCUGGGUGGCCAGCGGGUGACCACCUGCCAGCAGCUAGUAGAGAGCCUGCUGGAGCUUGGGCACAGUGCGGCCCCCAAUGCCCGUCAAAGGCAGCAGGACCUGCAGGCUGCCUGGUCGGAGUUAUGGGAGCUGACCCAGGCCCAAGGCCACCUGCUCCAAGAUGCCGAGGUCACCCUCAGAGUACACAGAGAUCUGUUGGAAGCCCUCACGCAAGUCCGGGAGAAAGCCACAAGCCUCCCCAGUGAUGUGGCCCCAGACCUGCGUGGGCUGGAGGCCCAGCUGAGAAGACACAAGGAACUGGAGCAUGAGCUGGUGGGCACUGGGUGGCAGCUGCAGGAACUGCUAGAGACUGCAAGCACAGUACAGAAGCUGGGGCCAGGGCCCCAGGCCCAAGCCGUACAGCAGAGGCAGCAGACUCUGAUGCAGGCCUGGGAGGCCCUGAAGCUACACGUGGAGCAGCGCCGGACCCAACUGGAGCGGGCAUGCCUCCUGGCCCAUUUCCACAGAGCAGUGCAGGACUACACCUCCUGGGCGGCCGCUGUGCGGCGGGAACUGCAGGGAGAGGAGAGCUCCCGGGAGCCCAGUGGGGGCCUUCUAACGCUCGGCGCCCACCAGCAGCUUCGGGCCGAGCUGGAGGCCCGUGAGGACCUGCACCAGAGGGCUUCCCAGCUGGGCCAGCAGGCGCUUCUGGAUGUAGGGACACCUAUGAAGGAGGUCCAGGAAUGGCUGCAAGCCCUGCAGGAUGAGCGGGAGCAGGUGUUCCAGGCCUGGGAGUGGCAGGAGGAGAAGCUGCAGACUGUGCACCAGGAGCAGCUCUUCCUGAGAAAGUGUGACCACCUGGAACAGAUCCUCACAGCCCAGGAGGCCUCCCUGAAAGCCGGUGCCUUGGGGAGCUCAGUGGAAGAGGUAGAGCAGUUGAUCUGCAAACACAACACUUUCCAGAAAGUUCUGACUGCCCAAGAUGAGAAGGAGUCAGCUCUGUGCGAGCAGGCAAAGACACAUGGGGACCCCAAGGUGCAGGAGCGGCUCCACGCAGUGCUAGAGCAUCGGGCUCGAGUGAAGGAACUGGCAGAGGGCCGGAGACAAGCCUUGCACACCUCACUGCUGAUGACUGGCUUCACCAGGGCUGUGACUCAGGCCCAGGACUGGAUGGAGGAGCGAGUCCAGCAGCUAAAAGAGCCAAUCCCUCCUGGGGACCUGAAAGAUAAGUUGAGGCUCCUGUGGAAACACCAGGCCUUCGAGGCUGAGGUCCAGGCCCAUGAGGAGGUCAUAACCUCUGUCACCAAGGAUGGCGAGGCUCUCCUGGCACAGAGCCACCCUCGGGCAGGAGAGGUCUCCCAGAGGCUACGGGAACUGCAGGAGCGCUGGCGGAAGCUGAGGCAGGCGCUGGCUCUCCGGCGCCAGGACCUAGAGGACGGGUGGAACUUUCUGGAAUUUCUGAGGAGAGCUGACCUUGCAGAUGCCUGGAUCCAGGAGAUGGAUGCCAUGGUGAACGUAGGCAACCUCGGCCGGGACCUUGAGCACUGUCUGCAGCUCCGCAGGCAGCUCCACCAGCUCCGAGGAGUCUGGGCCCAGAACACGGUGGAUGACACCCACAUCAGGAGCAUCAGUGACUUGUCCCUGAAGCUCGAGAAGCUGGACCCUGAGCAAGUCAAGACCAUCCACCAGCGGCGACAUGAGCUGAACAGCAGAUGGAAGAGUUUCCAUGGCAACCUACUCUGGUACCGGCAGCAGCUUGAGGGAGCCCUGGAGAUGCAUAUAUUGUCCCGAAAACUGGAUGAGCUCACUGAGCGGCUUAGGGAGAAGGCUGCCCUGGUCCAGGCCCUGGACCAUGGGAAAGAUCUGGAGAGCGUGCAGAGGCAGAUACGGAAACACAAGGAGUUGGAGCGGGACAUGGGCCUCCUCCAGGCCCAGGUGGAGCCCCUGGAGCGAGAGGUGGGCCGCGUCUGCCAGCAGAGCCCUGGAGCAGCCAACAGCCUCAGCCCCAAGCAGCGGGAGAUGAUGGACAGUUGGUGGCAACUCUGGAGGGAGGCCCAGAAGCGGAGGGAGUCACUGGACGCCUUGCACCGAGUUCAGACCCUGCAGGCCAUGCUGCAGCACUUGUUGGUGUGGGCGCGGAAGCUACGGGUGGAGAUGGACACCCGGAGCGCCCCCCGAAACCCCGCGGAGGCCCAGCGCAGGUUGGAGGAGCAUCAGGAGCUCAAGGCCGAGCUGGACUCCCGAGCAGACAGCAUCAGCCUGGCGCGAAGCACCGGGCAGCAACUGCUCGCAGCCAGGCUCCCGUCCGCCGCCGCCACGCGCCAGGCCCUGGCUGCUUUAGACCAGGAGCUGAACAGCCUGGAGGGCGCCUGGCGGUUGCACCAGCGUCAGCUGCAGCAGGACCUGGAGCUCCAGCUGGUUCUGAGUUCUGUGGAGCAGAUGGAAAGCUGGCUCUGCAGCCAGGAGGCCUGCCCAGCUGGCGACGGUCUGGGGGACUCUUUGGCCAAUGUGGAGACCCUCCUGUGGAAGCACAAAGGGCUCGAGCGGGACCUGGAGGCACAGGCUGAAAAGAUCAGCACCCUGGAGGCCGCAGCCCGCAGCCUGCACCAGAGUGGGCACCCUGAUGCCCAGGGUGCCCUGGGUCGGUGCCAGGCCAUGCUCCUCAGGAAAGAGGCACUGGUGGAAGGAGCCGGGACCCGCCGCUGUCAGCUGGAAGAGCUCCGGCAGCUGCAGACUCUCCUGCAAGAAUCCUUUGAGGUGGCCAUGUGGCUGAGGGAGAAGAACUCAGUGGCCCUGGAAGAGGGCUGGAGGGACCCAGCUCUGCUGCAGGCCCAGCUGUGGAAGCAGCAAAGUCUCCAGGCUGAGCUAGAUGCAAGUGUCCACAAACAACAAAGGCUGCAGAUGGAGGGGCAGAGGCUGCUGCAGGAGGGCCACCCAGCCUCAGAGACCAUCCAGGAGCAGCUGCGGGAGCUGGGAGAGCUCUGGGACGAGCUGCAGGCCAAUAGCAGGAGGAAGGCAGCUGCGCUACAAGAGGCUUGCAAGGCUCUGCGUCUCCGGCGGAGUGUGGAGGACCUAGAGAGCUGGCUGGAGCCUGUGGAGAUCAAGCUGAGAGCCCCCAUCGGGGACCAGGCCCAGCCUGAGCUGGACGAGCUCAUGGGGGCCCAGGGGGAGCUGGAGGCAGCGGUGGACCGGCAGGCCGGGCAGGCACAGUUGCUGCUGGGCCAGGCCCAGGUCCUUACAGGGGAAGGCCGCUGCCUUGCCCAGGAUGUGGAGGACCAGGCCCGGCGGCUGCUUCACAGGUUUGAGGGCCUGCGGGCGCCCCUGCGGGAGCGCAGAGCAGCCCUGGAGGCCCGGAACCUCGUCCUGCAGUUCUUCAGGGACGCCGAUGAGGAGCUGGCGUGGGUGCAGGAGAAGCUGCCCCUGGCCACGGCCCGGGACUGCGGGCAGAGCCUGAGCGCCGUGCGCCGCCUGCAGGAGAAGCACCAGAACCUGGAGCGUGAGCUGAGCAGCCACGAGGCCCUGGCCCAGGCCGUGGUGGACACGGGCCGCCGGCUUGUGGAGGCGGGUGCCGGCCGCACCGUGGCUGCCCGCGCGCAGCAGCUGGAGGGCGCCCUGGGCUGCCUGCGGGCCGAGGUGGCACAGAGGUGGCGGCGGCUGCAGCAGGCUCAGGAGGCCCAGCAGUUCCUGAUGGAGCUCCUGGAGGCGGAGUCCUGGCUGCAGGAACAGGGCUGUGCGCUGGACAUCAGGGAUGGGGCCCAGAGUGCUGAGGCCGUGCGCGCCUCCCUGCGGCGGCUGGAGGCCACCAGGGGACACCUAGAGGCAUUCGGCCCGCGCAUCGAGAGCCUGCAGCAGAGGGCCACCCUCCUCGAGGGCAGGCAGCUCCCCGGGAGCGCCCAGGUGCUGGCCCGGCUGCGGGCAGUGGGGGAGGCCCAUUCGGGGCUGCUGCGGACGGCGGAAGGCCGAGCCCGGGGCUGGCGGGAACAGCUGCAGUUCCACCGCGUGGAGCGGGAGGCCCGGCUUCUCGAAACCUGGCUGGCCGGCAAGGUGGCCGCCGCCGAGUCCCAGGACCAUGGGCAGGACCUGGAAGCUGUGGAGAUGCUGGAAAAGAAAUUUGAGGCUUUCAGAAAGGAAGUUCAGAGCCUGGGCCUGGCCAAGGUGGAGGCCCUGAGGGAGCUGGCGGGCUCCCUGGAACGGAUGGCACACAAGUACAGUCCCCAGAUCCAAGCCCAGAGGAGUCGCAUCGAGGCCACUUGGGAGAGACUGGACAGGGCAAUGAAAGCCCGCACACAGAGCCUGGCCACAGCCCGGGAGGUCCGUGGUUUUGAGCAAGCAGUGGCCUGGCUCCAGAGCUGGAUGCAGGAGAAGGCCACCCUGAUGGCGAGAGACGUCUGUGGCCACAGCCCGUCAUCAGUGCAGACCUUGGAGCAACAGCACAGGUGCCUGGAGAGGGAACUGGCGGCAAUGGAGAAGGAGGUGGCACGGGUGCGGAUGGAGGCCUGCCGGUUGGGCCAGCUACACCCCAUGGCUCAGGAUGGCCUGUCUGAGCAGCUGGCUAGGGUGGAGGAGGCCUGGGCCACCCUGGAGGUGAAGGCCCGGGAGCAGGGCCAGAAGCUGGAGCAGGCUGCCCGGGGCCACGCCUUCCUCGGUCGCUGCAGGGAACUGCUAACAUGGGCUCAGGAGAAGCAAGCUGUGGUUUCGUCCGAGGAGCUGGCCGGGGACCUGGUGGGAGCCGAGCGGCUCCUGGCCCAGCAUGACGAGCUGGGGCGAGAAAUCAAGGAGCACUGCCUACAAGCCCAGGAUGUACAGAAAGAAGGGCAGCAGCUGAUAGACAGUGGCCACUUCAUGUCCCUGGAGGUGGCAGGGUGUCUGCAGGAGCUAGAAGGGCAGCUGCAGGCACUCACAGAGGCCUGCAUCCUACGCCGGGAGCGCUGCGAGGAGAACUGGGGCCUGCAGAAGCUGCGACAGGAGCUGGACCAAGCUGAGGCCUGGCUGGCCUCCCGGGAGGGUCUACUGCUGGACCCCAACUGCGGGCACUCUGUGCCUGAUGUGGAGUUGCUGCUCAGCAGACACCAGGACUUAGAAAAGUUGCUGGCAGUCCAGGAAGAGAAGUUUGCCCAACUGCAGAGAAAGACGGGAGUGGAACAGAAGCUGCUGCAGCCGGGGACAGGGUUGACACCCAGCAAUGCUGGCCAUGGGCUCACCUCCCUCCAGCAGAGGCCCUUCAGAAGCUGGUGGCCAGGAGUACAGCUGGCUGAGACAAGGGACCUGCAGCCAGGUGGCCCUGUCAGCCCACACAUACCCUCUGCCACCACUGUCUCCCUGGAGCGGGCAGCCAGGCAGCAGGAGCCCAGGGGUGCCAGGGCCAUGGGGGAUACAAAGGGUGCCUUCACCACGGAGGGAUUUUUGGAGCUCAAGCAGCAGCUCCUGCCUGCAGGGAGGCAGCCCUGCUCAAGCUCCGGGGAUGGCUGCCAUGGCACCUUGGGGGUUAGCUCCCUGAGCCUCCUCUGGGACAAGAAGACAGCAGCAGAGAAUAUGGCCCCAGUGGCCACCCUUGACCUCAGAGAAGCCCAGUGUGAGAGGCUGGGCCACCAGCAUGGCAGGAAACCCACUUUCUCCUUAAAGUUGAGCAGCGAGGUGGAAACCCUGCUUGCAGCACCAUCAGAAGGGCAGGCUGAGAGCCGGCACCGUGUCCUGAGCCGCACAGCUGUGCUAGAGCCUGGCAAGUCCAACAUCAAGGCACCAGCAGAUGGGGUGUCUGGUAAGUCUGAGUUGUGCGUGACACCUGCUUACUGUGUCCUCACUUGGUGGAAGCAGUCAAGUUGUUCUCUGGGAUCCUUUUUGUAAGGACUCCACCCUCCUGACCCCAUCACCUCGGGGU